GCCACUGCUCCUGUCUUUGCUGUCCCGGCCUGACUUGGGCUCGUCAUGGACCCGCAGGCCUCCCCCCCUGGCCCCAUGCAGACCUUGAUCUUCUUCGACCUGGAAGCCACCGGCCUCCCCUUCUCCCAGCCCAAGAUCACAGAACUGUGCCUGCUGGCUGUCCACAGACGGGCCCUGGAGCACGCCCCCCCUUCCAAGGGAGAGCCCCCCGCACUGCCCCGCGUGGUGGACAAGCUCUCCCUGUGCGUGGCUCCGGGAAAGCCCUGUAGCCCGGCGGCCAGCGACAUCACCGGCCUGAGCACAGCGGAUCUGGUCGCCCACGGGCGACAACGCUUCGAUGACAACCUGGUCCGCUUGCUCCUUGCCUUCCUGCAGCACCAGCCCCAACCCUGGUGCCUGGUGGCACACAAUGGAGAUCGCUACGACUUUCCCCUCCUCUACACCGAGCUGGCCACGCUGGGCCUGGCAGAGGCCCUGAAUGGCACCUUCUGUGUGGACAGCAUGAUGGCCAUGAGGGCCUUGGAACGAGCUAGCAGCCCCUCGGAGCGGGGCCCGAGGAAGAGCUACAGCCUGGGAAGCAUCUACACCCGCCUGUAUGGCCAGGCCCCGACGGACUCCCACACAGCCGAGGGCGAUGUGCUCACCUUGCUUAGUAUCUGUCAGUGGAAGCCACAGGCCCUGCUGCGGUGGGUGGAUACCCACGCCAGACCCUUUGGCACCACCAAGCCCAUGUAUGAAGGCCCAGCCUGGCCAAGGACCCCCCUGAGCCAAUCUGCUAAACCAGCUAUUGUGCCACGGGGUACAACUGCAAACCCCAGUCCUAGCAGGCACAGGAGAUCCAAGGUGACGGUUCCUCCUCUAAUCAAGGUCUCUGGAGACAGCAUGGAAGAAGGACUGUUGGUUCGCCUGGGUCUGCUGGUUCCCCUGAGUCUGCUGGCCUUGUUGACCUUGGCAGUAGCCACACUGUAUAGGUUUUCUCCAUCCACACCACAGCAAUAGACCAAGAGGGAAAAUCUGACUAAUAAAAGACCCUGAAUAGUCUUACUUGCCUCUCCACCUAAUUAGUCUGGGACUUUACAGACCUACCGUAGUCAUACUUGAGGUCUUGAUUUGUUUAGAUUUGACAUUUUGUGCCAGUCCUGGGGCUUGAACUCAGGGCCUGAGCACUGUCCCUGAGCUGCUUUUGUUCAAGGCUAGCACUCGA